AUGUUCGGCGAGCCCAUGACCCUCGUAGCCCCUACCACUUCUACAAGACAGCGGCCGGCUCUGUCCCGUUCUCGCUCCCACAGCGAUGCCUCGAAAGCAGGCCCGCCUCUAACUGCCCGCGGGACUGCAGAGCCGAAACCUCAGGGUACACGGCCACCCCAUGUCCGAUCUCAGUCGUAUCUAUCGCCUUCGGAAUCUAGACAAGAAGACAAACCACGCAAUGCACACACAUUGCCUUCAGCAACGGGUGCCUUGGAACGGACAGCAUCGCUAUUACACCUGCCCGGCUCUUCGCAUAGACAUCAUCAUAAAGAGAAAGACCACACGUCAAGCCAUCAUAGGCACACUCAAUCUCACACGAACAUCUCUCCGCAGAACAAUGACUCGGCGCACAGUCUCCCCUUCCGCCGACACCGACCGACGCAGUCCGAAGCGCACGCGCCUCGUCGAUUUGCGUCCAAAGAACCCCUCUCCUCCCUCCCUCAUCUCGUGGCCGGCUUGAACGCCGAACGCGAACGCCGUACUCAGCAGGGGAACACGCAUAAUCCCAUCAAUCCCUCCCAUCGCCAUGGUCCUGGCGCUACACUCUCACAAGCACAGACCCAGCAUCCCUUUGGGCCCUCAACCGCACACACCAAUGACUUCCAACCCGGUGGCCGCUACGACUACAACCCCCCCAACGGAUUCCCCGAGCUACGACGCCGCGCGACGUCUGACCCGGCGUCACGAGAUAACCUCUCCCGUUCAGCCCAACCCCCGCUUCGGCCAAAGACAUCCCUAGAAGAGACUCUGGAAAGAGGUGACGCCGCCCGCGUAGCCCGUCGUAUCCACGUCAAAAAGAGUGUCAUCCUCCGUCGCGAUCAAGAACUCCAGGCUGGCGAAGAGGAACUCCGCUCCCGGGUAUCUGAAAUCAACGCCACGGGGGUCGAGAUCACAAGACGCUUAGACUACGGCUACUACAACCUACUGGAGAAAGUCGGUAAUCUGGUGUCCAUGAUUGGCAGUUUCCAGUCGCUGGCUAAACAGAGCGGAACGCUCAUUUCCAAUUUCGAUCGCGAAAAUGGCAGGAUCUCCGAAGAUACGCGGCAGCGACUCGUGAAUUUUCGCCACGGGUUCGACACGCAACAGGCCAGGGCGCAGAAGUUGGCCGAGAGGGGCACACGGGCAAGUGAAAGGGCGACGGAGCUGUCCGCUAGACUGGAGGCCGCGAGGGUAAAGGUCGAGGAGUGGGAAAGGAGGGAAGAGAAGUCUCGGCGGGCGUGGGAUCGUGUUUGGGGAAUGUGCUGGUGGACGAUUGCGUCUGUGGUCAUUCUGGUCGUGGCGGCCGUCGUCGGGAAGGAAUGGUAUUUCCGGGGCGAUCCGGUGAAGGCUGGGCUUCGACAGCACGGCGAAGGCAGCUGGAACAAGAGUCUCCGGCUUGGCGGCGGAGGUGAAGCUGAGAGAGUACUCCUCGGUCGGGAUGGGGAGGUUGCCGCGGAAUCGGCCCAAAGACCCAACGUGCCGGACGACGUGAAGCAGAUCCUGGCCGGGAUCGCGGAGAGGAAUUUCCAGAGGAAGAAGGCGUUUCCAGAAGUCCCGUCGGGACUGUACGGGAGUUAUGGUGAAUCGGCCGAGCAGACCAGCAAAGAUGAAACCCACGAAGACCCCAGGCUAAGGAAGCUGGAUGAGUUAUGA